AUGCAAAGUUUAUGGUUCCGCGCUGCGCAGACCAGAUCAUCAUGUCGUUGUAACGCCUGUGUGAAAAUUGGUUCAACCAUAGCUCGUCAAACAACAAAUGCAAUUGGCAAACGUCGAAGGGUUAGCAUAGGGGAUAUAUUUACAGCAUGUUACUCAACCAUACUCGCAACUGCUGCAGUCGCAGACUCGAAUCGGAAAGCUCAUCGAAGGGAGCAAUGGGAUCAACUUAUUGCAGAAGCGAAGGUUGGACUUCCUACCGAUAAAGUGGAGGAAAAGCAAGAUUGUCCGGUAAAAGGAAGCGCAAAUGAAAUCGAGAAUCAAAUAUCAGGGACACCAGAAUUAUCGAAGAUGCCGGGAUUUUUAGGGAAUAAAUUUUCUUUCCCAAGAACUGGAAUCAAUGCUACAAAGGCUGGGUCUACAGGACUUAUGACGUGGGAUGGAGCCAGCUGGACGGCGGCCUCUUCAAUAAGUCGAUUGGGGACACAACUCAAUAUUGCAUCCUCAAAUAUUACAAAAAAUGUUGAGUCAAUUGCACCAGAUACUUCGCAGGAUCCCGUCCCCUCACCUACCAUACCCUCAGUCAAGCCAGCCACUCCCGAAAAUAUAGUCUUAGAGCGGUUCGGCGAAUAUAUCCCCCCGAAUUCUAUGCUUCAACCUCGAGAAGUAAAAACUCGGAAGCAUUUAGAUGGGGUAGAAACUUCCAUUGCAAAAUUGGUUCACCAAUUGAUGUGGACUACUAAGCUUUCACCUAUAGCAGCGGAUUUUCAUUCAGCGUCGUCUAACAUUUUUCUCCAGACAGAGAGAAUGAUAGAGCGGGUUGAGGAAUUGCAAAGGAGUGACAUCACCAUGCCGACAUACCAAAUGGAUGCUGAAGUUGGCGAAGAAAGAUCCCAACUUCAUGAUGCACUGAUGGCCCUCUUCAAGAAAACGUCCCCGGGUCAGAAUAAUCUCAACCUAAUUCUGGCAAAGAUCUGUUACAACCUUCUCAUAAGCUCAGUGUCGCCAAACAUUUUUACGUAUAAUUUUUUAAUCGAAAAAUUAACAGAGUUGAUGCUUCAUGACCACGCUCAGAUAAUUGUUGAUUCAUUUCUCUACGACACGAAAUUCAAGCCUACUCCAAGGACCAUUCAGGUUAUACUGAAUCAUUAUGCGGUUAAGAAUGACCUAGAAGGCUACCGAAGCAUUAUCAGGCGCAUGAGGGCAGUAGACGGGAGUAUGAGAGUCGCACGCAGACAUCCGAACCAACUAUUUGAGCAUCCAAAAUAUUUAGCUUGGGCGGAGAAACAUGCCCAGAGAUUGAUUUCGAGAGAUGGUUGGCUUCUGCGAAAAGUACCACGGGACGAAUCCAUUUUCGAUGCACUUAUCAAGACCAGCUCCCAUAUCACCACCGCUAGGCAAGCUGUCAUGUACAUUCGCGCAUCCUUGCGUCAAAACAUUAAAAUUCGGCCGGAAUCACUUUGUGAAGCUGUGAGGAGUUGUGUAGCCCAGGUAGAUCAUGCUGCUGGAGAAUCGCUUUUGAAGUCAAUAUUAGAGUCUUGGGCUGAAAAUAUAGAAAAGCCUGAUCUCAUUGCGCUCACUAAGAGUACACGCUGGGCCAUGAGAGAACUCUUAUAUCUUUGCGGAAUUGACCCGUCACGGGAUCUACCACAAAAUUUACCAGUAGAUGUUCCUCGGUGGAAUUUAGGAAGGCUUCUGUUCUACUUGAACCUUGGUCCGAUACGCGAUUCUGUUGACCGACUUGUUGCUCGUAUAAAUUCCCUACAAGAUAUUCUCCAUAUAUCUUCCAAAAGAUCGAAAUACAAUAUUAUUCAUACCUGGCACCGCGAAUACUCCGAAUUUGGAGAUACACAGGUCCGAGAUUAUAUUCCGAAAAAACAGGAAACUCGGAAUCAAUCAUCUCAGUCUAGUAUUGACCGAUGCCUGGAAAUUUUCGAUAACUUUGAAACGACGGAGAAAACACGAGCAAAGAAAGCUAGGCAAACAGCCCGCCAGGCCAGAAGAGUAAUGUUGCAAAGCUUGGAAGCCAAAGUUGCCUUGUCAAACGCAAACAUUUUUUCGACUGAGAUGUGUCUGGUUUCAUUGCAUUAUGAUCGACUCCCUAGAGACUGGAAGUAUACAUAUCAUCUCAGAUUAAAGCAAUCUCCGUAUAUGUCUUACGGACACAGGAUCGCUGUUCUUGAGGGUUUAAAACGGCUGCAAAAACUGCAUAUAAUUGGCUACCAGAUAAACCUGAGUGUACGGCACAUCGUCCUUUUGCAAAGGGAGAUCUACUACAUAGAGAAGGAAAGAGAGCAGCGCAUAAUUGAUCUUGCCGCCAAGGUCAAUGUGAGUGCAAAGCAAAUUAAACGUCUCGUGUUCCGCCUUCAUCUCGUGAAACAGAGAAUUAAACUUAACUCACAAUCUCUUCGCUUAAGCGGUCUCCGAGAGAUGAAUGUACUCGAAGAUGUGAUCAAUAGGAGCAAACGUCAUAUCAAACUUUUGGAACAGGAACUCCAGCUUGACUUUCCUCAUGUGAAUCCAGAGAGAAAGAUGAGAAAACUGAACUCAAUCUUGUACAAAGUCAACCAGAGGAAACACCACAUCAAACUUUUGGCUGAGGAGAUUUAUUUAUCCUAUCCUCCUCUUGUGGCCAGGAAGACCUACACCAUUGACUCAAACUCUGGCUGGAAGGUACUUAGGAGUGCCCACAGGGACCUUACCUUCCAAUAUGACCCACCAGUAGAUAAGCUCUUGCCGGCCGAAGAACAAGAGUACGAGGUGAUCCAAGAGGAUGUCAUAGAACGUACUAUUCGUUUCAAGCAACGACAAGAGAAUUUAUCAAACGAGGAAAGGGUAUCACCUGUAUCAUUUGAUUCGUCGGUUUAA